GUGACGGACUACAGAGCUCCUGGUCCGGGACAGAGGCGGCUCGCGUCGCGUUUGACGGCUGCUUUUACUCCGCCAACUACGGCGGUACAAAUAUCGUCCGCCCUUUUUUUUUUGUUGUUUAUAUUUAUUUGUUAAGGGCUUUAGCGCUUCUCUGAAGUUGACAACCGCGGCAAUGCAGUCCGAGUCGGGAAUAGUUCCAGACUUCGAGGUCGGAGAGGACUUCCAGGACGAGCCUAAAACAUACUACGAGUUGAAGAGUCAGCCCCUGAAAAACAGCAGCCCGUCGGAGCAGCACGGCUCCUCCAAGCCUCCGCUGAGCUCCUCGGCCAUGACAUCACGCAUCCUGCUGCGGCAACAGUUAAUGCGGGAGCAGCUCCAGGAGCAGGAACGGCGGGAGCAGCAGAGACAACAGUCCUCCCACUACCCACAAACCACAGCGACCCAGACCCCCGCCAUCAAUGUCAGUGUCCCUGUCAGUGUACCAGCUGGAGCACAGGUGCCAAUGGAGGUGCUUAAGGUCCAGACUCAUUUGGAAAACCCGACCAAGUACCACAUCCAGCGCUCCCAGCAGCAGCAGGUGAAGCGCUACCUGGGAAAGCUUGGUUCCCAGGUGUUGAGCUUGCCCUGCCCCAACCAGACCUGUGACCACGGGGGCAUGCCGCCAGGGCCAGGCAACAGCGCCCCCAACAGCCCUAUGGCCUUACUGACCCUCAACUCUAACUGCGAGAAAGAGAUGGAUGAUGUCAUUGACGACAUUAUUAGUCUGGAGUCCAGUUACAGUGAUGACAUCCUCGGCUUGAUGGAUCCUGGACUUCAGAUGGCAAACACGAUCCCUGUACCUGCUAACCUCAUGGACAUGUACGGUAAUCAGGGCAUGCCCCAGCAGGCACUGCCCAUCAGUAACUCCUGCCCUGCCAACCUGUCCAGCAUCAAAAGGGAAUACUCAGUGUCUCAAUCGCCGGCCAUUAUGCACAUGCUGGAUAAGUCUGGAUCCUGUGGGAAAUUUGACAACUAUCAAAGACCUGAAGGCUUCCCUGUGGAAGCUGAGGUAAGAGCCCUCGCUAAGGAAAGACAGAAGAAAGACAACCAUAAUUUGAUUGAAAGAAGACGACGGUUUAACAUCAAUGAUCGUAUCAAGGAGUUGGGAACUUUGAUUCCAAAAUCCAAUGACCCAGACAUGCGCUGGAACAAAGGCACCAUCCUGAAGGCAUCAGUGGACUACAUCCGAAGGCUGCAGCGCGAACAGCAGAGGGCCAAGGAGCUGGAGAACCGCCAGAAAAAGCUAGAACACGCCAACCGACAUUUGAUGCUCAGAAUACAGGAGCUGGAGAUGCAGGCUCGGGCUCACGGUCUGGCCAUCACAUCCUCAACACUCUGCCCUGCUGACGUUGGGGUGCGGCCCAUCAAGCAGGAGCCCUCUUUGGAGGACUGCCACCAAGACCUGUACAAGCUCCACACCCAUCCCCAACACCACGCCGCCUGCACUCCCGAGCAACCCAGCACGCUGGAGCUGAAGGAAGGUCCCUCCAACUUUCACGAUGGCCACUACAGCUGCCUUCACGGCGAAGCAGGAUCCAAACUUAAUGACAUCCUCAUGGAAGACAACUUAUCACCCGUCAGAGGUGGAGACCCUUUACUCUCUUCCGUAUCGCCAGACACUUCAAAGGACAGCAGUCGCAAGAGCAGUGUCAGCAUGGAUGAGAAUGAAGAUGGUUGUUAGCGCCCCCUUGUGGAGGAAAGCUCCUUUGAAUCUUUAAUCCCUCCAUUUUGCCAGAAAAACCAAGAGGCCAACACAGGUGCAGGUCUUCUUUGUUUUUUUUUGUUUUUUUUUACCUUCUCAUUUCUAGGUUUACAUCUUCCCUCCAUUUUUAUCCUUUUUUUUCUAUUGUUUGUGUCUUUCCAAGCGUUCAACCUUGAUUGCAAGGACUGAUUUGAAAGUAUCUUCUUUAAUCAAUGCUUUGAUGACAAUGAGUUACAAAAAAAAAAUAGUUUUUAUAUUUAAAAACUAUACAUUUAUCUUUCGAUAGAGAUUAGAUUGUGUGUGUUUUUUCUAUCGAUUCCAAAGAAUCUAGGGAACCUAUAAAUCACAGUCAGUGGUGUAGAUAUUUGUGGUGAAGUAAACGCCACUUUGAAAAUCAGUAGCAAUAAUAGAAGGAAGGAUAUUUAUUACUAUAGUGCUUUACACUCCUCGUGUCUUAGAUUGAACUUGAAUGUGUCGAUGCCUUAUUAAGAAGUGUGUACGUCAUUGUUGUAUUGCUAUGCACACAUUAGCUGAUUCUCUGUCAGUCUUCCAGAUGAAAUUGCUUACUUGAUGAAUAUUAAUCGUUUGCAGACUUUAUUCUAUUUAUUACGCUUUUUAGACAUCUUUUUAUGUAAUCACUCCCCUGGACAUGUAUUUAUACAAAAAAAAUAACUACCCAAAAUCUCCUUGGAAAUAUUUAUAAUGCACAAAUUCAACACAUUUGUUUAGUAUUAUGAGAAACAACCCAACUACAAGAAAGAGUUUCAGUACAUGCCUUUCAACUACAAAGUGCUCUUUAUUUUGACAGGGUGCAAUAGAUAAAUUGCCAAUACAUUCCUCACUGCCAAAACAACAAAACUACUAAAUAAUGAAACGUUUUCAAAAAUGUCCUCAAAUAAACCAGGAAAUGUAAGACUCUGUAUAUUUCUUAGCAGCAGUGAUCUGACACACACGAUCGUUAAAGAUAUUUUAGCACACGGUAAUGAAACACCGCAGAUGUUGCUCCCCAUCCACUUGAUUUUUUUUAUAUUAGUUAUAUUUAUACCACUUAAAUAACAUUUCAUUCAAGGUGUUCUUUUUUUCAAUAUGUGAAAUUUAUAAUGCCAAGGAGUAUAAGGAGACCGAGUUUGUAUGAAAUGCAUGAAAUUGUCCAAACACUGGAAUAACCUCUGUGAACUGAAAUGUAGUUUGUUAGGCUUUUGUGCCCAAACAUAAAUUUAACUUGACAUAUUUGACUUGUGACAUGCACAAUAUUUUACUUGAGAGUAGAGUACCUGAGGUACGCACUUGCUGUAUAUUUCUGCAGUUUGCAAAAGUUGUCGUAUGUUCCUGAAUAACCUUGUGCCAUUACUGAUACAGCGCAGUCUCCGUUUUGUCAAACUAUGCAAUGUUUGAAGUUGUGCCUGUAGCGCAUCAUGUCUUGAAAUUGUCAUUUAUGAAGUAGCUUUAGACAGUGAUAAUUUAAUUGCCAUUUCAUUUAAGUGCCUUCUGUUACCUUGAUGAUAUACGAGGACUGAUGCAAUAUUUUGUGACUGGUUAUGCUGGUAUUUGGUGCUUUGUAGACUAAACAAAUUGAGGUGUCGAAAUCCCCCAAAAAGUGACAGGAAAUUACUUUUGGUCAGUGUGAGACAACAAACUGUCUCAACUUAAGAACCACCAGGAAGGAUUUGCUAUAGCACUUCAGCACAUAUGUGUUCGGUAUUAAUAAAACAUAAAAUAUUUUAGAAAUUAGUAAGUAUACUUUAUAAAUAUAGCACCUUUAGCAGUGCUUCAGAAAGAGUAUAAAUAUUAAAACACAAUUAAAAAUAUCACAUGCUAAUUAACAGAUACCGAUAAUUAAAAACAAAUACAAAUAGUUAUUAUAGUAUUGAUAAACUUUACAUUGCACAAAAAUGUCAUGUAUUACUAUAUUCAGUUUUUUUGCUUAGCUCCUAGAUGCAGAAAAUGUUUAAUGGUCACAAAGUCUCAAGGUUUAUUUUUAGUAAGGAAAAAAUAGCUAGCUUGCUAGCAUUUCCCUGUUAGCUAAACCAACAGUGCCACAGGAAGUAUGACUCAAACAAUGUACCCUUUACAAAAGCUAACCACCCACCACUUCUCCAAAAACAACAUUGCCCUUAUUUCCAAAACAUGAAUUUUUUGGAAGAAUUACAUGGGAAAACAUCUGUAUUGUGGUUGGAAAGUUGUUCAGAUUAAAAUGGACCUCCAAAAAGAUCAAAAUCUAAUUACCAAUAGGGGUGUAUAUAGUAUUUUAUUUUGAUCAAGAUCUGACUUUCCACCCUAGGAAGUCCUCUGGCAUAGACUGUCAGGCCAGGAGAAGGUAGCAGAUAUAUAUGGGUCACCAUUAGCUAGACCAAUAUCACCAACAUAAAAACAUCAAUUAUUGUGGCUGAAAGGUUAAGAUCAAACAAAGCGAAGCUUAAUUUUCAUCAACUUUGUUUAGACUAAAUUUGGAAAAAGAUGUGUAAAAGUCAUAUUUUCCAAAUAUAUUUCACCCGAUAUUUUCUUGGCUAGAAAAAGACAAGGACUGAUUGACCUGAAAUUGCCAUGAAAAGGAUGUCCACAAACAAAAUAGUUUGGAGAGACACAAGAAACUGGGGAGUUUAUUUAAAGAUUACCAGAAAAAGCCAUCAGAAUAGCUAGCUAAAUGCACAUGAGAUUUUUUUUAAAUAAAAAGUCAAGUUGGGAAAUUUACAGCAAUAAAAAUAAUGUACAGCUUAUGGGAUGCAAUCAUGGCCACUUUACUUUGAGUUACUAACAGGUGACGUUUUCUGGAUUUUGGUAAAAAGCUUUUUAAAACUGCAUGGCCCCAUAGACAUAUGGGCCAGAUAAUAAUGUACUUUCUUAGGAUAAGUUUGUCCACUAAUCUGAAUUGUGACCAAAUAGCUUUCAAAUUAAAGAUCAUUCCCACUAACCUUAUUUAUAGUGUUCUUUUUACUCCCAGUUAGCAAAGGUUAGCAUAAACUGCUACAUUAGCUUAGUUAAGGAAUGUGCAAGCUGGUUUUAGCAUUUAGCUUAAAAAAAAAGACUACACUAGAACUAAAACACUGUUUUUUUUUGUUGUUGUUGUUGUUUUCAAAAACAUUAUACAUAUUUAUUUAUUACACAAACACUUUUAAACAUUAAUAUAUUGGGUUGUGUUCUUGUUUCUACAAUUACACCGAACAUUUAAAAUCUUUCUGACUGUAGUAUGAAUUUAAUUACGCAAUGUGCCAACAAUAAAAGAUGCAGUAUAUUUAUGCAAACUAUAAGUUACAAGUUUUGAGCUGCUGAUGGUUGCUUUUAUAAUCUUUUACAAGAAACAGAAGAUGUGAUGCUAAUAUGUAAAAUACAGUUUGUGGGAAAAUUAAUGGUUUGUUAAAAAAAAGUAUGAAGGACAUGACUCCAAGAAUAACCUAUUUUCUGUCACAAUUUAAUGUGCAUCACACAGUGUUACGAUCUAGUGAGUACACUCUGUACCAACUCAUUAAAGCCAGUAUAAAAGCUUGUAAGUGAACAUGGAGUCACUGCAGAUGGACCCUUAUGAUUGUAAGAUUUUUGGCUAUAAAACAUUAAUACACAACCUUGGAACCAAGAGCUACCUGCGGUUCAAAGUACGGUUCAAAGUUACUGUAUUGCACUCAGUUAUAUUGUGGUGUAUUUUAAAUCCACUAAUGAAGAACCAUUUUAUCCUGGUAUUUGAGUGUCUGCACAAGUUUAUUCCUGUGGUUCAUAAAGUGUUUUACUACAGUUUUCACUGUCACAGUUAUUAAAAGAUAAAUGUUGCAAUACUUACUGUGCCCACUGUUUUCAGAUUGGUUAACUCGUGCUCGGUACUUAAUGUUUAACUACUCUGUUAGAAAUAUUAAAAGAUUUAUUUGAA